AUGGGUCUCAUUGAGAAGUUGCAAGCCAAACUUGAGCUUUACCGGCUAGAACAGCGCUAUGCCCGCCGCAAACAUCGCAGCACAUUCUCGGGGGUUCAAUAUGUCGACGGAGAAUACAUCUACUCGAACGAAUCCAAUUCCUCGUCGGGGACCGUGUCUAAGCAGUCUACCGGGUCCCAUUGGAAGUCCCAUACUUGGGGUUCAUCAAGCGACUCGCGUGCCCGGUGA